CCACUCAAUUAAAAUACAAUCUACAUGAGUGAGUGAAAAAUUGCGACAUAAUAUCGUGCAGCUGGGGAUAAUUAGCGAAUCCUUGAAUAUCAGAUGGGAGGGAGAGAGAGAGAGAGAGGACUGGCUGGAGAGACAAAUGGCGCGCAAAUGAUUGCUGCUGUCAGAGAGUGGGGGAGAGAGUGUGCAAACAAAAACAUACGCAGGAGCACUCUCGUUUCCUUGGACUAUUUCCACAUCAGAGAGCUGCUCCUGGCCUCGAAAUCAUGAAGAAAAUUGUCCAGUGAGUGUGCACAAGUGGCGGAAGGUGCAGUGCAAUGGAAAUCUCUAGUGUUUUAGUGGAAAUUUUCGGUGAAUAUCCCUCUCUAACCUACAAAUCGGGGGUGCAACUGAAGUCUUUGACCCUUUCUGAGCAUCUUCAUGAGGUCACGGAGUGGUUGAAGGCGAAGGCGGUUGACGACGUGAAUGCCGAUGAUGAGAAGAUUGAGGAGCAGGAUGGUCGACUGGGACCAGCAAAGACCAUCUUUGACAAGGAUCCGGGCAAUCCUCUGGUGUCCAUCUCUCCUGAUCGACUCACCGUACAGUCUCAGAGUCCCUUCUCAACAGUACGAGCAAACUGUUGUGUCUUUCAAGGAAAGUGGAUGUACGAAGUGCAGCUGCGCUCAAAGGGAGUCAUGCAGAUUGGCUGGUGCUCCGCAAAGUGCAAGUUCACCACAGACACUGGCGUGGGCGACACAAAAUACAGCUAUGGCCUGGAUGGGAGCAAGCAGAGAAUCUGGCACGUUUACACGAAGAAGUACGGACCUUACUGGCGCAGCGGCGAUGUCUUCAGCGUGUGCCUGGACAUGGAUGGGGGAAGGAUUGAAUACCAUCGGAAUGGCGUGAGCCUUGGUGAGGCAUUCGCGGACAUCGAGCGAGGCCCAGGAUUGGCACUCUUUCCGGCUGUCUCGCUCUCGUACAACGACAGUCUCACGGCUAACUUCGGAGGAUCCCCGUUUAGACAUCCCAUUCCUGGGUACAGGGCAUUGCAGCUGCCUCCGAAGCAGCUGCUGGAACACGCGGAUCAUCUUCUUCAGUACCUGGCAAAUCUCUCAAGGCUCAUUUCGCGCUCCAAGAAGCCCGCAGAGCAUGAAAAGAGCACCACAGACUCGGUAUUUAUGGUGGUGGCGGCGCUUCUGGUGGAGGAACUUGCACCAUUGCUCACUAAUUCUUAUGUCGUGGAAGACAAGCUGUUCUCCUACUUGAGAAGCAUGUGUGUCAUCCGGAGUGAUCCGAGUCACAAUAUUGUUAUCCAUCCGGGACUGCCAGAUUCUACACUGGGAACAUUUCUCACUCUUCUGUGGACAUACAUGGAGUCCGAUGAGAUUAAAGCCGUGCUCAUAAAGCUUAUCAGUCUAAUUGGCAGCAGCUACAAAGAGACUCCAAUUGAUCUGGAGUAUGAGAAGCAAAGGAUGGUCAUUGUUAUUCUCACGUGCAUCUGUAAUCAUCCGGAAACGAGAAAAUAUCUCCUAAUUGAGAGGUUUUUCGAGAAAAACUGUCUACCACUCUUCCUGUACAUCAAGCCACCCGACGAGGCGGCGCUGGAGCGUCUCUUGCCAGACGAUCACAUCUGGACAGAGGGAAUUGGCGGCCGGAAGGAUCUCUACUUGGCUGCCUGUGAGAAGUUGAACGCCUGCACAACUACUCUCUACACACUCCAGAAGAAUCUCAUCUCAGUCCUUCUCAAUCACCGUGAUGGGCGACCAGACAAUCCAUCGAGUAGAAGAAUUUUCCUCACAAAGUUCAGGAAUUACGUAAUGGAGAACAGCUUGGAACAUCGGAGUCUCUCAAUGCAAAAUACCUACGCGACUCCCACACAACCCGCUGUGGCGCUAUCCUUUCUCUGUAUCCUCCUCGACGUUAGUCGCCAACUCCUCGCCACGGAAGUGCCCCAAAAGCCCAUCCAAGUUGAUCCAGUUAAUUUCUACAACGAUGCUUUCACGUACUUUCACUUUGACCGACUCGGUGGCGUUCUAUCGCAUCUGAAAAAGGUGUUCCGCAGUGAAAUGAUCAGUGUUCUGGGAGAGAGUCAUCCCGCAAUAAUUCCUCUGGCCCCUGACGUUGCUGCACGACAAGAUUCUGCGGAUUUCUAUUCCGCCAUGCUGAUGAUAACUGGACAUCAGCCGAAUCCAAAUUACCCAGCGAAUCUGCCCAGAAACAUCUUUCCAGUGCGACAGGUGGGAAGUCCCGUGAGGAGAGGCAUUGACAGGAAUAGUAAUCAGUCACUUGAUGAGCUUCUGGAUUGCUCAAUUUUCUACUACUACGCAGUGGCUCACAAAUACAUUGUAAUGAUCGCUGAUUUGCGUGAUAACAUUGCAAUGUUGUCAGGAAUUCUCUCAGAGACGAAAGAUUGCUCAGAUGAAGUGUUGAAGACUCUUGAGGAGCUCAAAGAUGUCAAUGGGACUUUGUCCAAUACGCACGAUGAUAUUCUCCUGGAGAUUCAGGAGCGUUUUGGCCAGAGGAAGAGCAUCUUUGCGAAGAGAUCGAUGGAAUUGGCGAGAAAACAAGCAUGGUAUCGUUCAGUGGCUCUUGGAUCGCAUCGACGAGAUCUUCUGUGUUGGCUUCUAAAGCUCAUCUUUGACACUCUCCAAUCAUCCUCGAGUCAAGGAGUACUUUUCUCCUUUGUUCCUGAAACUUACAUUAAUGUCCUGCCGAUUCUGCUGGACACAGUGUUGGAUUUUAGCUUUCACGACAUGAAUCUUCAGCACGAUCUCACAGAUUCGAUGGACAUUGUGAUGAGUGCGGCGGAAUUUCUUGCUGCUCACUCAACGGAUCCUCGAGUGGUUCUCGCUUCUUGCAAGGACGCCCUCCUGCAGGCAUUGGGGACAGUUACGUGCCACGAGGUGGGCAUCAGAGCGCUUGAGAAGACAUCGGCAAGCAGCCAAUUGGCGAUGGUGCACUCUCUGCUGCGUCCCUAUGAAAAUCGCGCUUGGGGUCAAAGUAAUUGGCUCCUCUUGCGCUUCUGGCUGGGCGAAGGAUUUGCCUACAGGGAAUCUCGACCUACCAGUAUUUGGCAACAGGGUGAUUUGACUUCUUCGGCUCUGGGACUGUUCAGGAGUCGCGGAAAGAAUGGUUCCCAUACAGGACUUCUUCAUCACAUAGCACCAGCAUGUCCAUCGCGUCACUUCCAGAACAUCAUCAGUCGCAUUCUACUGGCUGAUGAGCCAUACUGCACAAUUUUCCUCAACUCUCUGCUGUCGCAGCUCAAUUGGGCAUUCUCGGAGUUUAUUCUGCUGCUGCAGGAGAUUCAGACUGCCAAUAGACGCACAGAUCAGCAUCAAAGCAUCGACUCUAGACAGUUGAAGAUUUGCUCGAUGUGUUUUGAACUCACAGUAUCGCUAAUGCGCGCUCUGGAGAUGAUUAUCACCAUUGCACCGGGCAUCUUUCAGGAUCCCUCACGUGCCAACAGUGAUCUGCUGCUGGGGCGUGUGUGUCAACUGGCCAGUCAAGUCUUAUCACGAGUCACAACGCCGCCGGGGUGUUUUCAGUAUGUUCUCGAUCUCUGUCUACCAGAUCUGAGCAGUGUCACUCACUUUGCCAUCAUCUCGGCGGUUUUGGGCAUUCUCUUGGCACUCAUGAAGGAUGAAAUUGAGGAAGAGGACUUUGUCGUGAGCAAGAUUCCGAGAGUGUCUCGUUGUCUUCUCAUUGAGCCAAGUUUUCAGUGCAUCACACUUGAGUUUGCCUUGGGAGAGGCUAAAUUGCCGCCGGUAAUUCAACAAGUGUGGCCAGCAGAUGUUGCACCGGACAAUCCGGCCCAGAGUCCUGAGCAAUUUCACCAGGAUCCUCCUGUAUUGACCUUCAAUCUGGCUGACUAUCCCACACACAUCACAGCUGAGGAGUUGAUCAAGGUGCGACAGAUGAUCAAGAUUCUUCAGAAGCGACAAACCAUGAUGUCUGAGGUGACAAUCUUAUCAGAAGAUUCCCUCUGUUCCAUCUGCUACGCAAAAGCCAUAUCCUGUGAGUUUCUCCCGUGCCAACAUCAAUCUUGCGGAAACUGCAUUGUUCAGCAUUUGCUCAGCAACAAGCUCUGCUUCUACUGCAAGACACCAAUUGUGUCGGUGAAGGCAUUCGAUGGCACAAUUCUCUACGAGAAUGCCCAAAUCUCUCUGUCAUCUGAGGACAGCACAGAGUAUUUCCCCUCAUGAAUCUCUCAAUUGAAGGUGUGUUCAACAACCACUGCCACAAAUUGCAAUCUAUCAGCUAAAUCGCCUCAAACUCUAGUCAAUUUUCUAGUGAAAAUAUUUGCAAUCGCUUUCGCGCGCGUGUGUGUGUUUUAGUCAAUGUUGAAUUGAUUCCAAAAUUUUAGCAUUCCAAGCCACUUGUAAGAUUAUGAUAUUGCUCGCUAUCAGCACAGUAUCUCGAAAGUAGGUUCGUGUCAGAAAUAGUGAAGCAUCUCACGUGGAUUCCGUGGAAGAAAGCAGAAAUUCUGACGUAGAACAUUAUACUUCGAAAUAAAUGGUAUUGUUGCACAAAA